AUGGCCGAAGGGUUUUGGCGUUUUUUCCAUUUGUUUUUUUUUUCGAAAGGAACGGCGUGGGAUUCCUUUUUUUUUGUUAGCGCGCGGGCGUUUGCUUCUUUUGCGCGGCCAGUUCGAAUCCAAAAAAAAAGAAAAAACGGGCGAGAACUUCAGCUUGGCCGAUGGCCGGGGGAAGCCCCCCCAAAAAGAGAAAAAAAAACCCUUUACCGGCGAUGUGGGGGCCUUCCCGUGUCUCAGAGGGGCGGGGGGCGAAAUCGUGGAGACGCCGUCGCCGAAGCCGGGCUGGAAGGGAACCGGCGGGGAUAUAAUCGUUAUUCUUGGGGUUCCGUUCAUUUUUUGGGCGAGGGCGGAAACUCUAGCCCCGGACCGCUUCCACCUCCCACAGCAUUUGGCGGCGUCGGGGGUGUGGGGGCGGACGUUUUUUUUUUUUUUAGUUUUCUCGCGCGUUCUCCCGGGGCGCCGAAGCCCACACCGAACUAG